UCGAUAAUAAGGACAAAGGAUUUAAAGAAAAAAAAACAUCGGAAUAUUCUUGGAUAUAGCGACAGUAUUUAAAGUCCCGGCGAGACUGUCAGUGAGAAAGUUGACACGUUGACUGUUGACAUUUAAAUCGCUCGAUGCUCGUCGCAUUUAUAAUUCAUUAUUAGAGCACUAAUAUGACGAAAUGCCCGAGCGGAUGUGAAUCACCGAUCAGAGGAAUCGAACAAUAUGCUGCAGGCAUGUUUUGACAUCAUUAUCAACCUCUCGCACGAGAGAUAUGAAUUAUAUAGAAAUUCGACGAUAGUCUCGCCACGCGGAGUCUCGCCGAGCAUGGAAAUUGUAAAUUAAAUCCUAAUGGCAAAAAAAAAAAAUAAUACGGUGCCGUCGGGUGAGCCUUGGCAGGUGGACUCGAAAAAAUUUCAUAUGUUCGAGAUGGUGAGUAUCACGAAGCUUCGGAGAAAGCUGCACGUUUUACCCCGAUGUGUACACACGGAUAUCUCAUUAUCUCGAUCGGAUAAGGGUCUGCAGACUAAAGGAGUCGUGUGAGUAAUCUUAAAUCGACGGUCGUUCUUUACCAAAAAGAUGAACAUUAAAUGUCACUGUAGAAAAUUAUUCCCUUGCUCCGAAUUAUUCUUUUAGCAUAAAUUUUAUUUCUGUCGUUUACUUAAACUUCAAUUAAUAUCCCCGAUUAUUUAUAAAACUAUAUGUCUUUAUAACGCAAUACGCGAAUUUAACGAUUUUUUUUUUAUAUUUCCUUCCAUUCCGUAUUAUCAAUCCCCCGAAGGGAGAUGCAGGAUGAUAUCAUUUCUGAAAUCUGUUGCGAAAUAACAACUAUUUUAGAAUAUUCAAGUUAUAACGAAAAAAGUGUCGCCAGACAUCAUUUCGCGUAAAUUAAUAUUCGUAUCUGAUCGCGAAAGCGCAUUUUGAUAAACAAUUAAGAAGUCGGAAGCGCAAAGUAGAAUAUCAAGACGUGUAGAAAAAUUUCACACUGUCCGAUAUUAAUCUGACAUAUAAUACCUCUAUUAUGUUAAUCGAUUUUUUGCUUAUACAAUAUUCCGCAGGUUUAAAUUUCUGCAACUGCCUCAGCUGGCUCUCAGCUGUUCCCCUCGCAUGAAUAGUUAGAGACCACCCGGUAUAAGCGUUGGCUAUAUCAAAUUCGUUCGUUCUGCAGUGUUUUUUCAUGUUUUCUGCUGAUUGAAGGGAAAUAAUGUGUCUGUGCGUCCAUACUUUUAGAAGAAAGAAAAGGGAAGACUGAGGCGUAGAAAUAAACGGAAAAGCUACGAACUAAAUAAAUACGAGCAGAUUGCAGAAUACGGACGACACGGCAAGGUGUCAGUUCGGGACCAAAGAAUAAUAUUCUCGAAGUGAACAGGAAUCGUUUACCCUAAAAAAUCAUGACACACGUGGAGGUACCGAUGGGGGAGAUGCAGGACCCGCUGGAAAGUCGCAAAACUACGAACGGAUUCGAAUUUCUGCAACUACCUCAACUGCCGCUCGGACAGAUAGGCUAUCCCCAAGCCCACGACUGGAUCGAGCACAGGAAAGCUAACAUUCGGCCAUGGUCGUUGUUCCUUAACACAAACAACAUCAGACCGCCGCCCAAUAUAAGCAGAUUGGGCAAGCGGGUCGUGAAGAACAUCGAAUACUUCCAGAGCAACUACCUGUUUGUGUUCAUCGGGCUGGUGAUAUAUUGCUUAAUCACCUCACCUCUGUUGUUGCUGACAGUUGCCGUUUAUCUCUGGAUAUGUUACAAGCUGUCUCAGCGACACUCGAGGCAGGAAUUGAUGAUACUGAAUCACAGACUAACCCUGGCGCAGGUGUACUCUUUAGUUGGAAUCUGUUCACUGCCUGUAUUUUUCCUAGUUGGCGCACAUGCAGCUGUCUUUUGGGUACUCGGAGUUUCCUGGCUUAUGAUAACGCUCCACGCCGCCUUUUAUAACAUUGAUGCAGUGUUGUGUCCAGGGGAGGAAGAACUCAAUGCGUUAGUUAUGCAGGAAGUAUGAUUACAAAACGCUCAUUUUCCGCUGAGAGAAAAAUUUAUCCUUUAAUUAAAAUAUUCAGAGCAGCAAAUUGAUUUCACUUACAUUUUGUGUACAUUUGGACAGUCAAAUGGAAAGAUUUGAACGAAAAACUGUAUAAUAUAUAUUUGCGUUUUAUUAAGUGAAUUGGUAAGUGUACUUCCUGUACAUAAUGUACAUAUAUAUAUAUAUAUAAAGUUGUUUCAAUUAAGAUCUGUUUAUGUAAUCCACAUAUUUCAAUAAUAAGUAUUUUAUUAAACACAUGCAAACGUGUUUGUAGGCUAAUAAACUGGCAAAUAAGGCAUACAUUUUUCGCACAAAGCUAUAUAAUUAUAUGUAAAUAUAAUAUUUAUAUACGAGGAAUAUAAAAUAUUUGUAUGGUUCAACUCAAAUUAGCACCAGAUUUUGUUACUGAAAAAUAAUACAAAGUCGGACGCUUUGUAUACGAAUUUUGAAUAAACUUCUUAUUUACAAAAUAACGCUGCAACAAAACGAACUGGGGAGCAAGUUAAAUGGAAUAUUUCCUACGAUAGCGUGUAGUAUCUCUGCGGAAAUUCACUUCCGACGUUACGCGUACGUUUCUUGUCUAGAUGUGGUUAUUACACGAUGCGCAAUUUACAAGUAAUUAAUCAGUCGCGGAAAUUAUCACUUAAUUAUACAGAUAUUAAGUUUGUCAAAUGAUUUAUUUUGUAUAAUUUAAUACAGAGAGAAGAGAAAGAUUUAUAUUUCGUUUGCAGAAAAUGAAUACAAUCGAAAUGUACCAUUUUUAACUAAAUAAAAUAAAAAAAUGUCUAAUAAA